GAAAAAGAACAUAUAUUUGUGAUAAUUAAAAUACAACAGGGAACACUUUUAAAAUAAAUCAAAGGUGAUCGGAGUGUGAAUUUAAAAAAUAUCAUGUUUUUGCUGUUCUUUCCUGAGCCAAAAUAUUUCAACUUUUGGCUUUUAGUAAGCUUAAAAGGAAAGUACCAGAACAUCCCAACAGGAAGGAGAUUUUUGAGGCCAGGCAUUGAUUUUAUUAUGGCUUGUGUGGAGUAAAAUCCAUUUCCAAGAAACAGAAAUGUUAAAUUCUGUUGAGCUAACCUAUAAAUGUUAUUUCUGUUUCUGCAGAAGCCUUUGAACCUGUUGCUUCAGAGUAAUGUAAAAGUGAAGCGCAAACAUUAUUUUUAAAAUAAAAUACAAAAAAUUGAUUACCACAAAUACAUAUAUAAUUAAUAAAAAAGUAAAGUUUAAAUUGAAUCAAAUAUUGGCACCAGGCUGCACACAGUUUAUAUUUUGCAGAAACUGCCCCUUCUUAAACCAGCCUCUAGUGGUCAUUUGAGGAACUGCAGAAUUUAAGAAUAGAAUGUUAAAAAUGACUUUUACUCAUUAUCAGGGGGGCGUGUAAAAAAAAAUUGUGGAGGAGAAGACUUACAGCUUCAACUUUGUGAAGGAAUUCCUCAAAAAUAAGAAAAAAUGUGCAUGUGCAAGAAAAAUCCCUAUAUUUAAAUCUGUCACACAGUUAUAUGAAGCCUCACUUCUACACUCGAUGACCUGCAAAUUUAGCUCAGUUAAAAUCCCGCCCAAGUAUUAUAAUUGGACCCCUUCCAUGAAAUUAUGUUUGAAAUCCUUUCAUUUGCCGGAAAUUGGCUGUAAAAAGAAAAUCGGAGAAAUACAUAUAUAUAUAAAUGUAAUGGUUUUGAUGGAGAGUUGGGACAAAAGAGGUGAUCAGAGCAGAUAGAAUGGGAUGAGAUGUCUCAGCCCUGGAGGCAUGUGUGCAGACUUCACCCCUCAGUCACUGCGAUGUUCCAGUACCUGCUGUAGCCUCAGGUGAAAAACAGUACAGUAAUGAUGUGGCAGAUACAGUUUAGUAUGAAAAAAUCCCAAAAAGAGUUUCCCAGCCCUCACGACCUCUGACCAAAGAUAAGUUAAGACGUACGCUGAGUUAGUUCUUCUUAUUUGCAUGCACGAGAGGCCUGGAAACAGCGGAGCGGCGGCUUAACCUUCGAUGGCCGUGAAUCUGCCUCUGCUCCAGAGGUCUUUUGUCCAUGUGUCUCUAUUAUGCUGCUGGUCACGGCUCUGCCCCCGCUCAUAUGGGAGAUAUCUGUAGAAUAAUUCUACCUGUCUGUUCACAUCUCCUCCUCUCUCCUUCUCCACCGCCCCCCCGCGCUCAGCCUGACCUUUCUGCAUUCCUCUCCAGCUGACCUUGGUGUCCCUUCUGUUUCCCCCACCUCAAACUAACCGUCGGAGUCUCCUCUAACCAGCCCCUCGUUUCCACCUCCCACUGACUGCCUCUGUCCUCUGGUUACGCCCACUGGAUAAUUUAGUUCUCCUCCUUCUUGCUCUCUGCAGCCGUACAUACUCUGCUUUUUAAUUAGAAGGACUCGCAUAGCUCCCCCUCUCUGCACUCCUUCAUCCCCCCGCCUCCCUUUUUUUUUUUUUUUUUUUUGCUUACAAGGAUACAGCGGCUUGCAUGGCAACGGGGAGAGGAGGUCAUGAUGGAGAGAUGCGGGGAAAAAGCGGGAGAGAGGAAAAGGGAACAAGGCAGGGAGAGCUGAAAGGAGCAUCUGAGAGGAUAACUGUCUGUUUGCUCACUCUUGUCUUCGUGCUCCCCCUCCUGUCCUUCUACUUCCACUCACAGCACAAGCGCACAGACAACUAGGUAGGCACAGCGGAGCGUGGAGAUGGCAAAAAAAACGAGAGGUUCCCACGUGAAAGGCAUGAAUCCACAGGAGGAGAGGAGGGCGAGAUAGAGGAAAACACCAACCAGAGGAAAAAGAAAAAAAAAGAAAGAGUUGAAGCAGGAGAGGAGCAGAUGGGCUCUGGAGAGGAAGCGGUGUGAGGCUCACCGAGCGGCAGUGACACAGAGAGGAGAGGUGGGGGAUAAAAAAGCAAACAUGAGGGAUGGAAGAAUGGGAGGAAGCAACGUGAAGGAAUAGCAGAGAAGAGGAGCAGAGAAGAGCGCUUGUGGGAGAAGGAGACAAGACAGAGGGCAAUAGGAAGAGAACGAUGUGGUACGUGUGACUCAGUUCUGUCCUGAUAGAAGAUCUUCGCAGCAGCUUUUACUCAGCAUCACCAUAGAGAUAGAGAAGUGAAGAAUGACAGAGCCGAGGACACAAGUGCUUUUAUCCUGCACAUUAAAAGUGACAAUUUAGCGUUUUACUUACGUAAUUGCGUGCACUUUGCACGUGCAUGCUUGCAUUUUGUUGAUGCGUUUGGCAGGAGCCCACGCCGUCUUCAGCCAUGAGAGUAUGUGUCACUGAGAGGAGCGCCGACAAAAGAAACAGAGACAAAGUACUCAAAUCUAAACGGAGAGAGCGCAGACCGAAAGAAAAGUUCCAAAUACAGAAGAAGAGCCUAUCACGAUGACGCACUCAAGAUCGUCGCUAUACUUAAGGCCACACGAUCUCCUGAGGGCGCGGGGGUCGAAGGGUGUGGAAGAAUAGAAGUUGAUGAACUAAAAGAUGGGCACGUGGAAAACCCAAACUGUAUUUAGCUUUUCUGGCCUCGUUAAAAGUUUAAGUCUCGUGGGUGUUGGGGAAAACUGGUUUUAAGAGAUGAAAGUGCACAUUUUUAAGAGGCACGGAAAGUGUGGACAUAAAGAUUUUAAGACCAUCUAAUGCUGCAUACAUUUAUUUUUGUACAAGUUAAGCUGAAGACCCGAAAUUCCUGCAGAAGUUAUCUAAUUUGUACAGUUUGUGAUGCUCUCAGAUGGAUUGAUAUAUUCUUUGACCUGUGCAUACUGUUAAUCCUGAUGGAGGACAUUAGUGACUCUAAAUGACUGUGAAAAAUAUGUUAGAUGGAUUUCUUUUAAUUGUUUAAUCUAUCAUAUUUUUAAAAGUGGAAAGUUAUGGAGAGAUGACUUUCCUUACUGAUGAACUAGCAAAACAUCAGUAAUCGGCCUGAAGACUCUGUGGAUGUUGGGGGAAAGUAAGAAACUGGAGACAUGGUGAGCAAAGAGCCUAACCACAUGCUUACAGGCCACACCAAUGGCAAGAGCACUUUGGCAGACAAGCUGCCGGGGACAAUGACCGUGCGCUCUGUGCUCCUAAACCGAGACUCUCCGGAUAUUGAGAGCCGCCUAAAACGGCGCCGUAACCGUACCCAUCAGGUUCGCUUCAAAGACCUGGAGGACGGCAGCAGUAGCAGCGGAAACAGUGCCACAGGGGACAAUAAUGGUCAUCAAAGGCCUGCCACAGACUGUGAUAGCCCGCAUCCUCUGCGCAAACACGGCAGCAGGACACCUCCGCCGUGGUCCGACCACCUGCGGACGGGGGAUCAACCCGCGCAGAGCUCUGUGGUGGGCGCUGUGCGUGGGGACAUGGCGAGCACAUUAGAAGUGGUUGCAGCCUUUUUAGCGCGAGCUCCUCCUCACCCGUUAACGCCUGGUCCUACCCGUCGAUGCUGGGCACCGCCGCAGACUAACUCUCUGACUUUGCCAAUGACGCGUAAGCCCGGUUCGAGCACCAGCACAGCCAUUCAGACAUCCCCAUGCCUGAAAAAGCCCCCGUCUAUCUCUUCCACCCACACUCGUAGCCAAAGCAUUGGGGACUCAGUCGGCGUUGAUGGGGAUGACGAACACGACUCUCAAGAUGAGUACCUCACGCACAACCAUGUGUUACUGCCUGGGUCCAAAGAACAGAGCAGACCUGCAGGAAGUGGGGAUCGGACUGCUAUAGAACGAAGGUCCAAAGUAUCAAGGACAGAGAGUAAGUCAGCAGUUGGGGUGGUAAAAACCUCAAGACACAGCUGCCCACCUUCAGUCCUUCAUUGCACUGAGCCACGCCACUCUGCCUCUGCGUCCAGUCGAGACAGCGGGAAGCGUCAGGGGAGCAGCACUCCGUCUGUGGUCAGGAGGAGAAAGCGACUGAGUCGGACAACGAGCGAUCCCGGCAAAGAAGUUCACUACUGCACCACUCCCACUCAGACUGAAAGCCCCAGUCCAUCCCCUUUGCCUUCAACCAUCAAACUCUGCACCACUCAAGUUCAAACUGAAAGCCCCUCCUCACCUUCAGACUCGAAACGCUGCACCACUCCAAGUCAAACUGAGAAUCACCAACUGCCUCCACCUCCAAAUGACAAAAAACACACAGCCCAGCUUCAAACUACCAGUUCUUCUUCAGCAACACCUCCAAACACUGACCAACAUCCCACUCAGACACAAGUAAGAUCUGCCAGCGCCCCCCCUCUGGAUCCUAAACCAUCCUCACCGCAGAAACAACCUUGCAAUUCCCUUCCUACUCCUCAGCUAACAGUACCGUCGAGUUCGGUACAAAUUCAGUCUGACAGCCAUGUUUCUACACCAGUGACUCAAACCCCUCCCAUUACACAUGUUACGACUGUGCCUUAUUGUGCUUCUUCCUCACCUUCAAGUGCAAAAAUACAAACUCCUGAAGACUGCACAAAGCCACCUUGCUCCUCUCCUUCCAAAUCAGCUUGCAACCCUUCUGCAUCCAAUACCCAACCCAUUCCUUCCUCCAUCGCUACUGUUCCCCAACAGCCCGUACCCUAUUAUACCAUCGUGUCGCCACCAAUCCCCUCAACAGCUGUCGUCUGCACGAACAUUUCAUCAAACCCACCCACAGGCCCCAUGAGAACCUGUACCUCUGCUAUAUCAAACCUAAAGUCUCCGUCUCCUUUAACCCUGUCUGCCCCUACCCCAAUUAUAACUCCCGUUGCCCCUCCUUGUGAUCCCACCAAAUAUUCCACAAGCGUAGCAGAUCAGCCACCGUCACAUUCCACACCUCCAACAAACCUUACACCCUGCACAUUCGUGACUCAAACUGCCCUGUCUUGCACAUCGAUAUCAUAUUACACCACCACCCAUCCAUCUGGUCCCUAUGCAUCUCCAAUCAACCCAACAUCCUCCUCGUAUGCUACAGUCAUACAAACUGUAUCUCACUGCAACAUUCCGUGCCAGACUCUACAGAACAACCCCUCUGCUGGGGUUAGCACUGGCCUGACCCCCUACUCCUCCCCGGUCCCCAAACUAAAAUGCACCUCUCCACCUCCCCUCGUGAAGACCUAUGUGUCCACCCUACAGAAUGCUUGUGCUACUCCAACAAAAGCGGUUCCUUUGUACUCCUCUACGUUUCGUGCUGCGCCACCAUACACACCGCCAUCUCAGGCUCCUCGUGCUCAGGACAAGAGGGGCAUUCGACUUCCACCUCCACCUCCACCACCUCCACCCUACACACCAAGAAAAACCGGAAAUGAGCCAUCGGGUACCGCAGUCCGAACACCGAUGCUCAAGGCAGAGAGCAAGGCCAGUGACAAGGACAAAGAGGGGGAAAAUAAGAAAAAGGAGGAUGUGAAAUGUACAAACUCACCAAAGCUUUGUGAGAGAGCCAGCUCUCUGAAGCACAGAGCUCAAACUCCGCCAGUUGCUGUGAUGAAGGGAGAGAGGCGCUCCUCUUCUUCCUCUCCUGCCAAGGCCUGUUUUAAGUCCAGCUGUCUAAGCUCAGCCCAAGCUCAGCUUGGGGUACUACACAAAAUGCUCUGCUCAGGAGCCAACACCAGGCCCAACACACCCAACAGCCAACACACUCUCCCCUCAAACCAGCAGGGCUGUUCCGGAGCCAGGGGCUGCUCUGUCUCCAGGGAGCGGCCCACAGCCGGGCCCUUGAGUCCGACUCAAGCCGACACUCUAAAACAGGUCCAGGAGAUUCUUGGGGGCUUGAUGUCAGGGGCCAGGUGUAAACUUGACCCAUCAAGAGUGACAGAAAAGCUGCUGAGCCCCAACGGACCCCUGCACGACAUACGUAGCUUGCAAAACCAGCUUCAAAGCCUAGAAGGCGUCCUGGAGACCAGCCAGAACACAAUUAAGGUCCUGCUGGAUGUUAUUCAAGACCUUGAAAAGAAGGAAGCAGAGAGAGAUGGAAGACAUUCAUACAGGACCGGACAGGACAUUGAGAACUGUGGGACCUGCAGGGACUGCGCCUGCAUCAUCUACAGUGUUGAGCACGACUUUCGUCUGCAGGAGGGCCAGGUGGUGCGUACGUGGAAGGUGGGGGACCCUCCAGAGGGUUCACCGCAGACCGCCACUCCCCCGCCCUCAACGCCUCACCAUCAAGAGUCCCCACAAACUGUACAACCCCCAGUCCCCUCCAAGAAGAACCGGAAGAAGUGCUUCUGGUUUCUCUGAGCACCGCCACCUGAGGACCUUUCAUGCACUUUUUUUCACCGUUCUUUAGGAAUACGGCAAACACUCGAUGAUGGAGAUUUGCUGGACAGACAAAAAUACUGGAGGAUGAAAACAGAACACGAAGCUGCCGGCGGGGAGAGAGCCACAACGAUUGUGAUUCAUCUGCCUCUGCCGGAGCUGCUGAAAGCGGCUUGGCUGGACCACACAUGUUGCUGUUGUUUUAAAUGCUUCUUCAGCACUUACUGAUUUUACACUGGUGCAGGGAAAACAAAAAAAAAAUGCUGAGGUCAAACAAAAGCAGAAUUUCAGUCCACAACACGACUCACAGAUAAAAAGCAAUUAUUAGAUAUAGAGAGAAUUUGGACUGUCGGGGGGCUCAGAGCAUGAGGCGCCGCAGCAGAUAGGAUUGAACAUAUUUAUAGAAGAUUAAAUUAAUGGAAUUUAUGCUACAAGAGAGAACAGAGAAGAAUUUAUCUCCAUUAAUGGACUAAUGAGGGUCACAACACCAGCUUUUCUAUUGAAAGACAUUUCAAAAAGAAUUAUUAAGACCCAUAUUUAAAACUUUUCAUGAACUGAAAUGCUACUUGUGUUCAUGCGGCACACAGAAAACCCACAUGGUGAAUGGAGAUCUGUACAUAUCAGAGGUAUUCUGCUUGGAUGCUUUGUUUCAGAUAUGAAUUAAUGCUCUAUAAAAAUAUUUUACCACAGA